UAAUCAGCCACAUGUACUCAUCUAUCUCCUUAUAGUCUCACUUAUCAUAACUCACAUAUCACAACAUAUUAUAUCAUACAAACCAUGUCUCGCUCUACUUCAUCCCCUCCAAAACAAAUCUCUUCAUCCACUGACCCGUAUAACGAAACUUCUCCCCUUAUCUCCACCCGUCAUCAUCCCCAUGAACCCCCUCCUCCCCCCUCCCCAUCUCUCCCAACCCUCAUCCUCUACUUCAUGACCCUCCACUUCCUCAUCGCCUUUUGCGAAAUGGUCCUCGUAGCCCCCCUCAUCUCUCUCUUUGAAUCUUCCCUCUGUCACUCUUAUUACAAUUUUCCAGAACCAAGCGUAAAAUUACACACCCGGGAGAUGAUUUCAGAUAUGUGUAAGAUUCCUGAGAUUCAGGGUCCGUUGGCGACGGUUAGGGGGUGGAAAAGUUUUGGGGAUACGGUGCCUGUUUUACUAGCAGCGAUUCCGAUUGGCAAUUUGGGAGAUCGAUAUGGAAGACGCAAAAUCAUGGCAUUAUCUCUAAUCGGAGUUGGAUUAUCCUUAAUAGAAAUUUUCGUUGUUUGUGCAUAUCCAAAAAUCUUCGAUUUGCGUUGGGUAUGGUUAUCGUCGUUGUUCCUUCUAUGUGGAGGAGGUUUAUAUUCAAGUGCAGCAUUUAUGUGGGCGAUGGCUUCUUCGCUGAUACCGGAAGAUAAAAGAAGCUAUGCGUUUUACUAUAUCUUCUCAGCGUUCUAUAUUGCAGAACUCAUUGGGUCAUAUGUAGCUUCUAUCACUAUAGAUGUUUGUCCUUGGAUUGCCUGUAGUAUGGCCAUGGGAUCUGUGAUUCUGGGAUUACUUUUGUUGUGGCUGGUGCCAUUUAGUCAACCGUCGUCGCCACCAGAAGUAUCAUCACAACCAACCUCAUCAACUACAUCCUCAACACGACUACACCUUACUACCACCCCCAAGACCACUAUUCUAGCAACAAUCCGCCACGCCAUGAUACAACCCAAUGUUCUCCUCUGCAUUCCAGUCUUCCUAAUCGGAACCCUUAGAUAUACAACUCUUAACGUCCUGAUCCAAUACUCCUCUGUCCGUUUUGAUACCAAGAUAUCUAAAGGAGCAAUGUUCUACACCGAAACAGCUAUUAUCAAUAUCUUUUUGUUUCUUUUCCUGAUCCCGAGGAUAACUAAUUGGAUAAAAUUGAGAUAUCAUGUGAGAUCCGAGAAAAUUGAUUUGGCACUGAUGAGGGUUAGUGUAUGUUUUCUUUUAGUGGGUUCUCUUGCUAUUGGGUUAGCACCGACUAGUGGGUGGAUUCCAGUUGGUGUUUCUAUCUUCGCCGCAGGCUUCGGAUCCCGAGUCUCAACUCUCUCCUUAAUAUCCCACUUUAUCCCCGCCCCCUCCCUCGCUACCCUCUACGCCUCGAUAGCCGUGCUCGAAAAUCUCGGCCAUGCUAUUAAUGAUCCUUCCAUGCAACAUAUAUUUGCGGCAACCUUACGCCUGUCACCUUUUUGGCACGCGUUGCCCUUUUUUGUCGCUGCUAUAUGUUAUUUCCUGGCUGGUUUAUCUACGAUCUUUAUAAAGAUUGAUGCUAAUGAUAGGAAAAUGGACGACGAUGAAGGUCAGGAAGAAGAUUUGUAAAGGAAAUACACAUGUAAAUCAGAGUGUUCAAUAGUCCGGACUGUAGUCCAGCAAUGAAGAAUACUCAAUCCCCAAACCAAUUAGAACAUUCGAGUCAUCUAAGAUAUUGAAUUUGAUUGGAAUAUUGAACUAUUUUCAAAUUUCUAACUGUUUUUAGACAUCCAAACCCUUAUAUUGUUGGACUGCAGUCUGGACUUUUGAACACCUGAUAUUGUAAAUACUAAAUAA